AUGGAUAUUUUAGAGACGAAAAGAUCUUUGUUGGAAGACUUGGAAAUUAUUGAGAAUGCCAUAACAGAAAGAAUUCAACGGAAUCCGGAGUUGUAUUACCAUUAUAUAUUGGAAGCAGGCAAGCUGUUUCCCGAUGUUAAACAACCCAGGUCUUCGUUGGUUUCUGAGAACAAAAUUUACAAACUGAAAAAGGACAAGAGAAAUAGAAAGCAGGUAAUUUUACAACAGCAUGAGAUAGAUCUUUUUCUUCGAGACUAUAAAGAGAAACAAAAGUUAGCCAAUGAAAUAAAGAUUCCGCAAGACGUUCAGGAGGAUGACAAAGAUUUGCGUGGUUUUGAACAAAAGUUACAAGAACUUGAAGAAGAACUGAUAAACGAGCAAGAAAAUUUCCAACUGGAUAUGAAUCUAAAGAGAGGCAGAUAUGCACUAUUCUCUUCUUCUGCUGAACCAUCGAAGCGCACCAACAUUCUUUCUGAAAGAGCCAGGGACAUAGAUUUGAAUAGGUUGUUUACCAGAGACGAGCAAUAUGGUGAAUAUAUGGAGCUUGAACAAUUCCAUUCUUUAUGGUUGAAUGUGAUUAGACGAGGCGAUUGUUCUUUGCUCCAAUUUCUCGACACCGUGGAAUUAUUUGUAGAUGAUGAAAAAUAUUUGCUAGUACCACCGAUGGAUCGUAAAAAUGAUAGAUAUAUGUCCUUCUUGAUAAAGUUAAGCGAAUACGUGGAAGACUUUUUUCAUAAAAGUUACGUUUUGUUCGAGAAAGAAGUAGUAGAAGGUUUAAUCAAGUCCGACUUUGAGAAUUCAUACUGCAGAGGAUUUUUGAAAUCUGAAUCAAAGGGGAUUUAUUGUCCUCUUUGUUAUAAGUGGUUCAAGACACAGGCUGUUUUCGAAAACCAUAUACCAGGGAAAACCCAUAAGAAGAAUGAAGCCAAAAGAAAAAGGGCCGUAUACUCUGAAUACAAAUUGCAUCGAUACUUGAGACUUCUUAAGGAUGAACUGUUCCAUACGAAAAGUUUCGUGGAAAGAAAGCUGGCAUUCACAGCGAAUGAAAGAAUGGUGGAAAUGAAUGGUCUAACGCAGAAAUAUGAAGCACCCGCAUACGAUGUAACUGAAAGGGAGGGUGAUGGGCAAGGUGGUGACGAGCAAAAAGACGAUAAGCUACAAGGAAAGCAUAUGUUCGGUAAAUCCUUUGAUAUGCCACUAGGCCCCGACGGAUUGCCUAUGCCAUACUGGCUAUAUAAACUACAUGGGCUUGACAGAGAGUACCUUUGUGAAAUCUGCGGGAAUAAAACCUAUAAUGGGCGGCGGACUUUUGAAAGGCAUUUCAAUGAAGAGACACAUCUUUACCACUUGCGAUGCCUGGGUAUCGAACCCUCCUCAAUCUUCAAAGGCAUAACAAAGAUUGCAGAAGCACAAAAGCUUUGGAACAAUACACCAAGGCAGCCACAAUUCGUAACCUCGACAGCAGCCGUACCAGCAGAUAAAAAGCUUUCGCAGACAAAACUUCCCGUUGAAAUGGAACUGGAAGAAGAGGACGAACAGGGGAAUGUGAUGAGCAAGAAGGUGUACGAUGAGCUCAAAAAGCAAGGCCUGGUGUGA